AAGACAUGCCUAUCUGCAGAGUACGGCAGACAAGCUGCUUUAUCAUAAAGUCAUUAAAAGCAGCAACAUUGAAGAUCUGAUUGUAUCCCUGUGCUGUUCGCCAAACUAUACCAAGCAAUGUAUGAACAGGAAAUGUACCGUUUGUGAAGCCAAAGAAUUGGAAAUCUCAUCCUUUGACCGUGGGACCCAAACAUUUUGGUAUGAGUGGAAGGGAAAAGCUGAGGAGAGACUGAAGAAAAAGAAAGAUGGUAGUGAAGAAAAAAAUCACAAUCCAUUUAACAGUUAAAGAGAAGGUUACAAGUACUCUGCAUACUUUGCUUGAGGACUUUCGCUUAGGACUAAAAGAAACACAUGUCUAUAACAUCAGACACCAAUAUGCUGCUCUUCGUGGUUUAAAAGAGAAUCUGAGUGAAGAUGAGGUUGUCCUCCAUAUUGACUUUGCAGAGAAUUUUCUCUGCAAGUACAGCAGCAAAAUCCAAGCUGUACAUUUUGGUGAUUCGCAUAAACAGCCCUCACUUCACACUGGUGUGGCCUACACCAAAAACAGUGUGAUUUCAGUCUGCUCAAUCAGCUCCUCUUUUCGUCAUGACCCCUGUGCUAUUUGGGCACUUCUAUCAAAGGUCCUCACUUUCCUGAAGGAUCAAUACCCCACUGCUUCAGUGCUACAUGUGGUCAGUGAUGGGCCGACCACCCAAUACCGCUCCAAAAAGAAUUUCUACUUCUUCACCAACAUUCCAUAUCAGAUGGGCUGGAAGAAACUCACUUGGAACUUUCUGGAGGCUGGCCAUGGAAAAGGCCCUGCUGAUGGGAUAGGAGCAGCAGUGAAAAGAAGAGCUGAUGACAUCAUAGCUAGAGGGAAGGACAUACCAAAUGCUCUGGUGCUCUUUGAGGAGCUUCAACAGCAAAAGUCUGCCACAGAGCUCUUCUAUGUUGAGCCAGAAGAAAUUGAGUGUAUGGACAUUCAUGUGCCAUCCGAGCUACAAACAAUCUGUGGCACAAUGAAGAUUCAUCAGAUAACCUCUGCUAGCCCAAGCCAAAUGUCAUGGAGAAUCCUCAGUUGCUUUUGCUCUGCACCUCAUGACUGCAAAUGUUUCAAUCCAGAAACAGUCAUGUUCCAGCAUUGGGACGAAGCUUCUCCCUCAACCAGUACAUCGCAUCCUGACACACCUCAAAUAGGUCUGCGGCACAUUGUGGACUUGAACGAGGGACACGUUGGUCAGUGGUGUGCUGUGAAGUAUGAUGGAGAUAUUUAUCCUGGCAUCAUACAGGAUACUGAUGUCUACAGUGGUGCUCUGGUUAAAACCAUGAGCCGUGUUGGUCUCAAUCGUUUUUUUUGGCCUCUAAGGGAUGACAUAAUCUGGUACCAAACCAAGAAUAUCAUAGGCCUAAUCCCUGAGCCUGUACCAGUGACCAAACGUCACAAGGAAAUUGUUGUGUCUGUUUGGGAAGAAAUAUGUGAAACACUUAAUUAGAUGUGGCUUCGAAUCACAUCACACACAUAUGCACACAUACACACACAUGCGCACAUGAGCAAACGCUCCCUCUCUCACACACACAUGCAAACAUACAUACAUUCACACAUUCAAGAUGCUCAAAAUUUUCCAGAUUCCACAUCUCUGUUUAAAUGUUACAGUUUCAGGUGUUCUUUACAGUUACUCUUUACAGAAGAUGCGUGUUCAUUUAAGAGACCAAUAAGAACAUUUCAGAACAUUAACCUCAUAAUUAUCUCACUUUGUUUAAUUUUUCUAUGCAUCUUUUAUUGCUUGUAUUUUCCCUGGCCAUCAGUUGUGUCAGUUCUUUACAGUAUGCACUGUAACCGUUCAUCUGUGAGACAAAUCAGUUUUAUACAGUACAUCAACCACACCUGUUUUAGUGUAGUGCUGAGUUUGUUUAAUGACUCUGUUAAUUGAGUUUAAUGAGUGUUAUGAGUUUAAGUAUUUUUCUAAUAAAAAUAUCUACUGUUUCUCUACAUUCACGUUACAUUCAUUGUCAUUUCCACCACACCCUGUCAUUUCCACCACCACCCUGUCAU